AAAAAAACAAAUGGAAACUACUGAUAAGAGAUUUAAAUAAAACUUUUGUGAUAAGAAGGCUCAAGCUAGAACUAAUUUAAAAGAUAUCAUUAACCCGUCGCGGGUGAUUGUUUUGUUUUGUUCCUGAUUGCCACUUUUUUUUAGUGUACAUUUUUAUUGAAUGAAGUAAUAAACUAAUUGAUACAAAUUAUGUUUUCCUCUACAAAACUAUCCGUAGGUAAACUUACUCGACCGCUAACAAACUGUAGUAAAUACAGUACCAAAGCCUCUGAAAUAAGAAUUUAUGAGGUGGGUGUCAGAGAUGGUCUGCAAAAUGAAGCCAAGUUUGUUCCAACGCAAAUGAAGGUUGAGUUGAUCAGCAAAUUAGCAGCCGCUGGAAUUAAGGAUAUUGAAUCUGCAAGUUUUGUUAGUCCUAAAUGGGUGAAACAAAUGAGUGAUGGAGCAGAAGUUAUGAGGACCAUUAAAAGGGAACCCGGAAUUAACUAUCCUGUGCUAAUUCCUAACCUUAAGGGGUAUGAAUUGGCUAAAAAAUGCAACAUCGAGGAAAUAGCCAUAUUCCCGUCUGGCUCGGAAUCAUUUUCUCAAAAGAACCUAAACUGCUCUAUGGAAGAGGGUUUAGCGAGGUUCCGGGCGGUCGCCGAGCAGGCCGUGAAGGACGGCAUGAGAGUCCGCGGCUAUGUGUCCUGUGUGGUCGGGUGUCCGUACGAAGGACCUAUCUCUCCUAAAUCUAUUGCUAAGCUGUCAGAAGAUCUGCUAGCCAUGGGUUGUUACGAGAUCUCCCUGGGGGACACCAUCGGCGUGGGCACGCCGGGCUCCGUCCGCCGGCUCAUGAAGGAGGUGCUGACCGUGGCGCCGGCAGAGAAGUUCGCUGUGCACUUCCACGAUACCUACGGACAGGGGCUCGCGAACCUUGUGGCAGCUUUGGAGUUCGGGUGCACGACUGUGGACUCCUCGAUAUCGGGCCUCGGUGGGUGCCCUUACGCACGAGGCGCCAGCGGCAACCUGGCUACCGAGGACCUAGUCUACCACCUCUACGGUCUCGGCGUCAACACCAAUAUAGACCUCGUGAAGCUGGUCGAAGCCGGCCGGUACAUAUCCAACUUCUUAGGAAAGCCCACAGACUCCAAAGUGAACAGAGCUCUCGGUGACAGAUUCAAAAACCACAAAGAUAUCGUUAAAAUUGCAGCUUGUGAACUUUAGCAUAAAAACAAUAAAUGUUAAUCAGAAUGUAAAUAUGUACAUGAUACGCAUAGGUAAAUAAUAAUAUUAAAGUUUUAUAUGCUUAUCA